AUGUCUGCAGAACUGUUGCAAACACCGAACUGUUGCGUGCCACACGCAACAAGCUGUUUGAUUGAUCGAUUUGGCGCGAAUCGCCUUCCCGGUGGAACAGCCAAAGUGAUCGCCUGUUUGCCCUUCAAAGCAUUAAACGAGAUCAUCGAAAAUGAGGAAUUAGCCGAAGCGUUGCAACUGGACAAAGAGCAAACCGAAUUGAAAAAGAAGACUUUUGAGAAGAAUCGACUCUCAAAGAAUCUGCAGCGUUCCUCGUGUAAGGUGAGUAUCGAAUAUGUUAAGAAUUCAGUCAAGAAUAUGUACGUGAUUCUCGGUCGACCAGGAAUAUCUGAUGCUGUUAUCGUCUCCCAAUGCCUCAACACGAGUAUGGUCUUCCUAGAGCAAAUUCUCAUGCUCCCAUAUGGUGGCGCGAUCUACGGACAGAACUUUGGCUCUCCACAGUUUCAGGGUCGAUUCGUGGCUACAUAUUAUGUGCUCGGGUUUGGUGUUGGUGCUAGCCUGCUCUCAUCAGUGCUAUACAAGCUGCACGCUGUCGGGUUCACGAAGCGGCAUCACAAAUUUUUCGUGUUUCUCUGUGUCUCGGGAAUGUUUUGUGGUCUGUCACUGGUCGUUUUCAUCAUAAUAGCGACGAGCGAGGUGCAAAUUACGGACACCACCCAGUACGCGUUGCUCAAGGAGCCAAAUGUUGAAAACGCGGCUUGCCUACUCUUCCCGAGAACGGUGAUCAUCUAUCCACGGGUCGAGGAUCCCCGUUUAGCUUAUCCGGGCAGUAUAGCGUUUGCCAUGUUUACUUUAUGGGUGUUCUUUGUGAUGUGGCUGGUGCUACACGAAUCAAAUCGUGCCAAGAAGACGACGGCCAGUCAGAAAACACGAGAUAUGCUCUGCUAUAUGGAGAUUGUCUUCUAUUUACAGUUUGCCGAAAUGGUGCUCACUACUGCGAUUCCGGCCGGUCUCGCCAUGUUGAGUCUGUCGAAAGUUUGGCCCACCGAAAAUCUUGUUAUCGCCUCAUUCACCAUAAUGCUCAGCCUUCACUCGCCGCUCAAUUGCUUGAUAAUCAUCUUUGCCACGAGAACAUAUCGAAAUCGAAUCCUCAACUGGAUUUUCCCUCCACAAAAUGAAAAAUCGUCCAGGCCAUCGACGAUGAUUCAAUUGUUAACAACGAAUGCGGAAAAGACAAUGGCUAAACUG